UCCAUUUGUUUUCAUUUGCAAUGUCGUCGAUAAGACGAUAAACAAGAAGUAAUGCAUUGAAUAUUAUUUUUGUUGUAACCAAGUUUUUACAUCUUGAUUAAGAAUAUAUGUUGAUUGGAGAAGAACAGUUUAAAGAUAAAUGGCUUGCAGUGAAAAUUAUAUUAAUUCUCUCACAUGGUAAUGCUUUUGUGGAAUCUGGAUUCUCCAUUAAUGAGAUGCUUGUUGAAAAUCUCCAUGAGGAAUCUUUGAUUGGCCUGCGACGAGUUUGGGAUGGAGUUAGUAAUGCUGGUGGUGAAAAUUGUAUUCAAGUAUAUCAGGAAAUGAUAAAAUAUGCCAGAGGAGAAGCUUCAAGGUACAAAGGUGCCCUGGAGUAAAAAUGUCAAAAUGAAGAAAAGGACAAGAAGUUGGACGGAUAUUGUAAGAAAGAAAGAAAGACUGUAGGAAUUCAAGAGCUGCUAAAUAAAAAACUGGAAAUAGAGAAACAAAAAGAGCAUUUAGAGAUGAAAAUUAAAAAAAUUAAGAAAAAUAUUUAUUGGGCUUAAAGAAUAACCAGUACAUAUUUGUAAUAUUUUGUGAAUGUACAUUGAAUAUGCAAGAUACCUAAACAUUUUUUUCCUAUGCAGCAGAAGUGGUAUAACAUUAGGCCUAUGUAUGUCUAAAUGUUCACAGCAAUUUAGCAGGCCGUACUUAGCUCAGCUUGCUGCUUGGAAUGCAACUACAGUUUUAUUUGCAUUUGCCUAAAUAACACAUUAAGCAAGCCAAAAAUACUAACGAUCUGAUGAAAAUCCAAUUCACCGCCACUACUGAAGCAAUGUCCUUGGGUUGCAAUGGUUGCCAAAAUAUUUGCCACCUCGAAAGAAAACAAUUUCAAUACCAGCACAGUCCCGAGCCUUGCUCAAGUAGGAACGAACUGGCCCGCAGGCGUUGGAAAAUACUCGCCCACGCUUUGCAGAAGAGCAGCGACAUCGAUGAUGGCAUUGCAUCCGUUCAGCGCUUCACAUACGAACUCAUAGUAUCCAAACCCUUGCCUUUCAAAAGUCAGCUUAGCUACGGAGAUCCUUUGGCAUCGUGGUACGAGUACCACGCAACCAUCGGCUGUGAGGCGUUCUCGGCUUACGUGCGCCACCCGAUGCGGAACUUCACGGCCGUGGAGCUGAUGGGAUUCAACAACACGGGCAACAUUUGCAUCUGGCCAUCGGAGGAAGUGCUGUCAUUCUACGUGCUGUGCAACUUGCGCAAGUUCGCCGGAAAGUCGGUACUGGAACUCGGAGGGGGCAUGACCUGCCUGGCCGGACUAAUGGUCGCCAAGUACUCCUCCGCGGCCAGGAUCCACCUCACCGACGGCAACCGGCUGGCCGUCGACAACUUGAGGCACGUGGUCGAAAGGAACGGUUUUGCCUCAGCCGAUCGCGUCACCCAUUCCGUCCUCCAGUGGAACGACAUCAGGAAAAUGCCUUCCGACGAGCAGAUGCCCGUGUACGACGUUGUCCUUUCUGCCGACUGCCUCUUCUUCGACGAGGUGAGGCAGGACCUGGUGGAGACCAUUUGGUCGUCGCUGAAAGACGAUGGUGUAGCUCUGGUCAUGGCGCCGAAAAGAGGCGACACUUUUGAGAAAUUUGUGGAGGAGGCCAAGUUGCGUGGGUUUGUCUGCACCAAGAAGGUGCAGUAUAAUGAUUUGGUGUGGAGUCGGCACGUGAAGAUGAAGCAGAUGUGCGACUACAAUGAAGACAUCCACUAUCCAUUACUUUUGAUACUUACCAAAAGUUACAUUAACCACUUGUUUCAUUAGUUUAAUGUUUUGUUCAAUUUUGCCACAUCUCUUUUAUUCUGCAACGCAGUGUUAUUCUUCCAUGUUACAGCUAUAUCUUGUUAACAAUCAUCAUUUCACUUUUUAUAAUGCUUGCAGAUUGUGCCUCAGGCAAUUGUUCAUACAUCGUGUUUUGAGUGUACAUUGCUGCCUUGCCAUCAGUUGACUUGUUUGUUAAUGUUCCUUAUGUUGUUACUGUUUGUUGUUUUAUUUCUCAUCAGUUGAAUACGGUUUAAUUGGAGCCAGAUUACUGUAGUGUUCGUCACUAAUUUUUGGGAAAUUUGCCAGUAGGUUGUAGCCCAGAAGACUAAAGUCUACAGAUUACUGUAGUACUUUUAUUUCUAAUACUAUCAAUUUGUACAGAACCAUUCAUUAGAAACCAUAGUGGUUUGUUUGACUUUAGAUUAUUGUUAACAUCUUGUUGUGAAAUGUAAGAUGACUGACUGCCCCUUGAGUGCUGUGUUGAGACCUUUUUUGUAUUAUGCAAAAUAAUUUUUGUUACUGAAAUUUUUACAGUGUCAAACAAAAAACUAAUUUAAAAAUAGCUAAAAUUGUUGUGAAUCAUUUCUUUUUGUGCACUUGUAUGUGCAUUAUUUUACAUACAGUAGAAUGCCUGUACAAUGCAUAACUUACAUAUCAUAUGCUCCUUAUUUGGGUGCACAGGCAAAAUAUAUAAUGUAAUAUUUUUAUAUUGGAAGAAAAUAUUCUGUAGUUGUGACUGUUUGCUUCGGCGGAGCUGUAACUUGGUGACCAAUGCAGGUAGACUGGUUGGCAGCUGGUCGGUGUGUUUAAGCUGUGCCAACCAAUUGUAACUAAGAGCAGUGUGAAUGCCAUUUAUCGUGCCAUAAGUUAUAGGGAUUGAUUGUGAUUUGCAGUAAUUACUGAAUGGCUCUAUUCUGGACCUAAUUCGUAUUUCACUUACAUUCACGUCUAUUACCUAAUGGUUGAUCAGUUAUAAUAUAAUAGUUUUUGUAUACUUUUGAGUACUGUUUAGAUAGUGAAGAAUUUUUUUGUGAUAAUAUCCUGAUGGCUUAGGAUGAAUAGUGAGGGACCAUUGCACAAGCCUGGGGAAUUUAUAGCUUGCUAAGUAGGAAUUUAGAAUUAGAUUUUUUUCAGUUAGAUGGUACCUACUGUCUAAUUGAAGUUCAACUGGACUGUUAAAGUUGACUACAAUUUGAACCCCAAUGGUUUCACUUCACAAAGCUACAAUAUAAUAGAUAAAUUAAAAGUAAUUUGCUUAUAAUUUUUUUGUUCUGCGUACUUGAAAACCUACAUGCAAGGAAAUACUUGCAAGUUAAAUCUUUAAUAUACCUUACUCUAGUGGGACAAAAUACAGAGAAUUUUAUAAUUUAUUACCUGUUCAGACAGAGGGUAGAAACUGCUUAUGCAUAAGGCAAUGGUUUAAUGAUAUUUAAUUCUUUUGCCUAGUUGUACAUUCUGCCUUUCGGUCUGAGAUACAAUGAUUUUUCCCCUAGAGUGAUUUACAGAUCAACUCUUUAAACAUUCAGCCAACACUUUUAGAUGCAGUUCUAUUAGAGAACAAUUUUGACAUUUCAAGCAAAUAGGUAAUGUAUUCUUCACAAGAUAGCACCCUGUUGGAUUGCUUCUUUGUUUCCAAUUAUUUUUUUAUGACAAAAAAAUUGAGUUGAAAACUUUAUAACAAAACAAAAUAGUUUGAAAUUUACUUUUGGUCGAAAAUUCAUUUAUAUAUUCAUUUAUUUCAUGUAUGAAAAAGUAAUUCUGAUGAAUGAUAAGCCAUUAUAAGACCAUAAAAAAUCAUUUAAAAUAGUUAUUUAUUAUAUAUUCUGUUUGGCCUUGCACAUCUAAAGUGAUACACUGAAAUAUACAUUUACAAGAAAAUAAUAUGUACAUAGCUUUGAAAGAUAAUAAUUUUCAAAAAUGUUUACAUUUAGUUUGUAAGAUAAACAAAUGUAUAUACAUUUUUGUAUACAUGCAUCUGUUAUAUAUUUUAGUAUGUUUAACAUUUACAAGAUAUAUUCAGUAUGGACUAAAAAAGUUAUAUACUUAUAUAUAGGUACUUUAAAAAAAUUUAAAAUAUUAUUUUGUGUGGAAUGUGCCUAGGCAAGAAAAAACGAAAUUUUUCAUUUUUGUUUCCUAUACUAUUCAAAAUUUUAUAAAUAUACUUGAAUAUUCAGGUCUGAUUGAAGUAUUAAUCUACAUAAAAUGAAAAUUUUAUUUGAACAUAUUUGAUAAUGCUCUAUCGAUCCAAGAUAUACGGUUAAACUCCUGGUGCGGUCGAUUCAACAAAAAAUUCACGAUGAUCAAUUUGCAUUUAGAACUUAAUGGUGCAACAGGAAGAAAACUGUUUUAUUAUUAUCAAAACAAUUCAUGAAAAGAGGUUAAUGGUUGAACUGUAAUGGUGAAACUGAGAAUUAAAUAUAGUUAACUGCAUUUUGAAAAAAAAUAAUUUUAAUAUGUUUCUAAUAUCGGUAGCAGGAAGUCUGAUUUAAGUUUAGAUAAAUGUUUCAUUGUAGUCAUUUACUUAUUUUGAGGCUAAUAUGUUUUGUUUAGAGAAGAUUUAGUGUAAAAGAAUUUUAAUCCAUUCAACAAUAUUAUGUACUUAAAUCUUCGUAAUAAUUGUUCUUCACACAUGGUUACAGUUUCAUCCAUUCUGAGAUCUUAGAAGUAGUAAUUACUGUUUUGUUGCUGUCUUUUUUUUUUUUUUUAUCAAUUUUAUAUGUAUUGAUGAGUUUAAAGAAUUCAUUUUAUAAUUUAGUACUUUUACAUGUUUAGUAAUAAAACUUUAAUAACUUUAAACUUUUCAACUAUUUUUAGUUGCAUAGAUUUUCAUAAUUAGCUAUCAGUCCCAAUUUCAGUGUUUUUUGGGUAUACAAAUUUAGAAAAUAGAAUGACUUAACAAACUUAACAAGUUUGGAAAUUUUAACUAGUGUUAGUAAGGAACUGUGAAUUCAAAAUGUGACAUAGAAUUAUUAGUUUCUUUUAAAAAUUCCAAUAAAUGGGAUACCAUUUAGCUAUGUAAAUUUGUGUAUAGUGUUAACACAUAAUAAGCUGGGAAAUUGUAACUUAGAAUUCUACUUUAUUUUUAUAAUUUGCAUACAACUAAAGCAAAUAAAUUCAUGAUGUGAAUAGGUGAUCACAUAUAAACGAUUCAUAAGCAAAACUUCAUGUGGUGGUUAUGAUUUUCACAUAAAUCUUUACAUUAAUUGACCAGUUUUACAGAAAUAUAAAGUCAUAAUCCAGCACUAACAUCAUGUUCACAUCCAGAAGUGUUCUCAUCAAUAUAAAUAGAUGUUUGCUGUGCUAAUAGCUUUUGUCUUGAACAUUUGUAGCAUUGUGAAGUGAACGACGUAUAGAGUCAGUCGUAUCUGAGAUAUUGUGGCCAUAUGGGGUUUGAUCCUUUCCAUUUAUAAAUGAAAAUAAAAAAAAUCCUUUGCUUUGCAUCAAAGCCAUGCCUUCGUUAACACACUGACAAGAUUGGGAAAAGUUACAAGUUCAAACAGACACGUAGAUCAAUGUGAUAAUUUGCCUUGGGAAAGGAUAAAGGCAGUGAUUAAUUUGGCACAGUUAUGCACGGAAAGGAUUGCGGCGAUGGGACUGGAAGUUCCAAGUCCAGGGCACUUGCCCUUGCUGGAAGAGUUGCUCUUGUGGUCACGCCAUUGAUUACUCUGCUGUUACUACAUAGGCAUUGCUGGCUUCUACCCUUCAGUGUGAGGCUAGGCUGGGCAGAUAUCUGCAGUUACAGCAUAUACUGCAACCACCUCUCUGUGCAUGUGGGUUACAGGUUUGUGUGAGGAGGUUAGGUUACUUGACCGGUGGGAGUGGAGCCACCCAGUACCAAAUUUAAGAUAAUCUUGUUGUUGGUAUUUAAUUUUAAUCUCACACACACAAAAAAAAACUUUCAAAAACUAGUCAUUUUUAGUGUGUUAUGGUAGUCAUGGGAAAUCAAUCAGUGUUUGAAGCUUGCCACUUGAGUUAUUUGCAAAUAACUCUUGUAAGUGAUUUAUCAUGUAAAGUUAAAAUUUGAAACCAAUUGAAGCCACAACAGGUGACAUCAGCUGUUUGGCUUAACUGUGAUGCUUUAAAUAUUUUUCACUGUCAAUGAAUGCCCAUUAACUUUUUUUAUAUAUAAUUUGUUUGAGUUCAAUAAUUAUUGUACUUUUCCUCAAGUAGUUUAAAUACUUAAGUAAAAACAAAAAAAAAAACCUUGAAGUGAGAACAGAUGCUUGUACUGAAUAUAGGUGACCAUAUGUAUUUAAAGGAAAUCUUAGAAACUGAGAUAGAUACAGGAAAAUGUGUAAAUGUAUGAAGCUAUUUAUAACAGACCUAGCAUAGUGACUUAAGCUUGUGUUUAUGCAUGUUUACUCUUAAUGAAAUUCUUCGAACAUGCAGCCCAUUUCGUAUACCUUGGCACUAUUUCAACCACAGCCUGUGUUAGUGUAGCCAAAUUUUAACUAUUAAUAGCUAUCUGUAUCUGAAGUGCCCUAAAAUACUUAAAUUUCAGGAAGGAUGUUGUGGAUGUGCAUAAUUUGAAUAUUUUAUCUCUUGUUACAGUGAAGGUUAUUUUUUUAAAAUAUUUAUUAAAAGUACUGAAAAUAAUUCUAAAUAAAAUUAUACUAUUUUCAUGCUGGAAAACAGUUUACACUUUGUUUAGUUAGCUGAAUAUUGCUUUUCUGAUCAAUAGUAACUAGUGAGGUUACCCAAUAGCUAAGCACCAAUUGUGGAGGUUGGUUUUAAACUAGGGCGUACCUAAUAAUCACUUUAAGAGGGAUUAAAUGAGCUGUGAAGAGCGUGGUACAAGACAGAGGAGGAGGGUGAAACCAAGUAGAGUAAUGUUUUUUGUGUUUGAACAUUUUCUGCAGUCUUUUAGUGAAGCUGUUUGUGAUGUAACACUAAAUAGACUUAGGAAUUUUCUACUCAUGAUGGAUAGCAACUCUGUAUUUAGUUCCCUGUGAAUUAUUGCGGGAUCGCUAAUUCUGCGAGAAUCUGUUGCAUCUAAUAUUUUGCAACAGUUUUACUAUUUGAUACAUUUCAUUGUUCCUACACAGUUAUCCUUUUGAAUAAACAUAUUUUGCGAAAGAGAACAAGAAUGACAUGUAAUGUUGUCAUGUUGCGUUAAUUUAUAUAUACCGAAUAGCAGCUUUUUUUAAAACUCUUGACUGUCAUUUGCUUUAUUAGAUUUUAUUUAAACAUAUAGUAUCAGUAUUAAUUAAAUUAAUGCUUGUUGUAUAGUCCUAUGCAUAAAAGAAUUCAAUAUUUGCAUUAAGUCAUUUUAGUAAGACUUUUUUUCCCCCCUCACAGGUAGCAGGCUUUGUUACAAUGAUUGAUUGACUCAUGGUUGCUAUUAUAACAUUUGAACAACUUGAUAACAAGUUUGUGCCAUUUGAAAGAAGACUGAAUGUAUUUAAAUAAGAUGUUGUAGAACAGCAUCUUGUUAAUGAUGUUUAUACUGUGGAAGAAAAGAAUGAUAAUGAACAGAUUUUGUAAUAUGAGAAAAUGUAAUUUGAUACAAAGUUUUAAUUUUGAAAUUUGAUUAUACUAUCUUAAAAAAUUUUCAUUGUGAACUUGCUAGUUCUUCUAUAAUUCAUUAACAUUAUAGAAAAUUAAUAAUGCCCCUAUAUACUUAAAAAAAUGUGGUAUAAAAAAUCUUUCAGUAAAAUUAAUACCACUGUGUAUCUUUAUUCAGUUAAUGUGUUGCUAAUUUUUCACAGGUAUUUUAUGUCUUCAUGUGUGUAAUUGUGUCCAUCAUAGUACCUAUAUUUUUAACUUUUUGCUUCUGGUUUUUCUAAAAAUCUGAUGUUUUAGCAUGCUUGAAAUUGUCCUUAUGGUUUGGUGUGUUGAAUCUAAAUCAAUACACAGUUGCUGAAUAAUAGUUAUAUGUACAUAUUUAUAUUUUAUGAUUGUUUUAGUAUGUUCCUUGUAUUCAUUCCUGACAUCAAUCUACACUAUAUUGUAUUCUCAAAUAUUUAAAAGUUCAAUUCAUUCUAUUCCUUGUCAUUAGCGCUGUUAUUAUAACUGUUUCAUCCUAUAAUUAUAUAUUUUCUCUUGUGCUUUGAAAUUUGGCAACUUCUGUAUUGAAAACCAUUUGAUCUUUACAUUUAUAUUUUGUAAUUUUUAAAUUAGUUUUUUAAGGAUUAUUUUAGCAUAUGAGGUUGUUUUAUUAAUUUUUAAAUGAUUUAAAUGAAUUUAUACAUUUUGAAAAGGUAAUAUUCUUUCAUAUUAAAAAUAAUUUUGGUCAUUGAAUGUAUACACACAGACCCAUAUACACUGAUACAUUUUCUAUAGCCUUUAGUAAAGUUCAUCAUAUCAGGUUCACAACUUGUAUUCUAAACUAUGAAAACCAUUAUCUCCAAAUCAUAAAAGUAACUGAUAUAAAAGUCACAAAAUGGUGAAAUAUAAAAAAAAAAUUGUUUUGUUGAACAUAGUGCUAAGAUUUUUUGUUCUCAUCCUGAAAAUAUUAGGAGGAUACUAUUAAUCACAUAAUCAGUUAUUGCAUAAGUUAGAAUUUUAAUUUGAAUUAAUAAAUUUAGGCAUGUUUUGCAAUAGUUUUUUAAAUUAAUUUAUUUACACAACAUAUCCAAGCAUGUUAAAAGAAGAAAAGCUUAACAUAAUUAUUUUCACAAUCUUGCAGACACGUUGCCAUAAAAUAAAUAAUUCAGGGUGUACAUAUUAAUAGUUCAUCUAUAAGUUAAAUUUCUAGUAAAACCAUUAGUAGUAAGUAUUUUGAUAUAUUUUGAAUGUGUCAGUGUUAAAAUGUUUGUUAUGCAUAUUAAUUUUGAAGGAAUAAAUUAUUAUUGGCAAGUUGUUAUUAAUGUAUGCCGGACAGUGGCUGUUCUAGCAGUCGGUUGAUGUUGUAUGGUAGCAACAUGACUGUCCACAUGUACUUGCAUCCAAAUGGAUCAAGAGUUCAUAGUGGCUGCCUAUGAUUUGAUAGUGCAGUAACUUAUCACUCAUUUAUUCAAAAUCGUAGGUUCAGAAGUUGCCAAUAUCACACUUUGGGGCUGCCAUGAAAUUUUCCUUGUAAUUUCUCUUAUUACAUUCCUCUACCUGUCUAUUGAAUUCCUGUUGUGACAUGUCUCGUGUCUCAUGGCUUCAAAUGCCUCCACAAUAUUGUAGUGCUGCAUCUGAAUUUUGUGUAGGUGUCACUUUAUUAUUUUAAGAAUUUAUUAUUCUCUGUGUAUUGUACUCACAUUUUGAAAUCUUGAUUUCUUCAAACUAGUAUGAUCCAACAGUAUGUUCCUUAAACAUUCUUGAAUUUUUUUCACCUUCCAAGUGCAUUUUUAGUACAUUCCCUUUCCAUAGAGUGUGUGUAUUAGAACUUAUUUGAUGCUACUUUCCUGUUCAAACAAGUAUUUUUCAAUUUCCUUUUCUUUGUGAGAAUGCAGUGUAAAAUUGUAAAAAUAAUGUUUGAACAGUGGUUGUCCUAUUUAUAUUCUUUCUUAUGGAUUAAGAAGUUUUAAAAACCCUAUGUUUCAAACUUGUUGAAAAUGUAUGUAUACCAUCAAACAUAAUACGUCUUGUGUUUUACACAAAAAUGUUUAAACCACUUUCUUGUUCCAUUACCUAUAAAUAAUAUAGUUGUGCUUAAAUAAAUUUGUUUCCAAGUCAAAUGUAUUGCCAUAAUAAUUGAUAGCCAAAUUUGCUUUGAUGUUGCUGAUAUGUGUUCAUAAGUUAUUUAUUUUUUAUUAUUUUUAUUUAUGUAAAUUUUAAUGGCUUUUUUGGUGUUUGUUAGGUACAGUAAAAUACUAACCGUUUGUUUACAUUAUGUAAAUAGGUUUUUAAAAUUUGUUUUUGAAACUGGUAUUAUCUAAAUAGUUUGUUGAUAGUAACGUGAUGGACUGUGUUGGGUUCGCCUGGGAAACAAGUGGUUAUUGUUUCACUGUGCCGUGGGUCGUGGGCCGGGCCUAGCUUGUAACGACUCCUCCCAAUGACUGUCCUGCUGCAGGGUAUUUAUUGUAACAUGUGAUGUUCCUAUGGACUUUACUGUGCAUUGCACCACCAGCAGUGCACCACCUUUCCUAUCGCCUAGCAGUAUUAGCCCAACUUCUCUUGUCUGUUCUGUUUUACAAACCUCUUUAUUGGUUAAUGUGUUUCCUACUUUUACACUGUCCUGUAAUGAGAUUAUGAUUUUGUAAUUUAUGAUUGAAAUGUGUUGUUUCCUUCAGAAUUCUAGAGUAAGUCUAAGUGAUGAGAGUGGAAUUUAUUUUGACCAAUAUUCAACAUGAAGUAUUUUUUCAGAGUUGUUUUGUUGUAUCGUUACCUUCUUAGGGCUAAUAAGAUAAGUUAUUAAAAAUAAUCAAAAAAAUUGUGGCCAGGCAAUUAGAGGUUUUUUUUUGUUAUAUGCCAUUAUGCCAUACUCAUUGUAUUGAUCCUAUAGCUAGUCACUUAUUUGGUAUUAUGAGAGUUCCUGGUUUAAUCCUAGGAAUUAGAAAGCCAGGAGUUACAUAGUUUUUUGAACAGGCAGUCUCGGAUGUGGGUGUGUUCUGUGUAGUCACUGUAGAGUUGCUGCACUCUCACCUCUAAAAACACCCAUCCUUCAGAUCAAUUGGGGACGAACAAGGCAUUGUUUGUUAAACCCCUUGGUUUGGUUUCUUCUGAAGUAGCUGCUAAUAAGUGCUGUUUUUUUAUUUUUUUUUUAUUGUCAAGAAAUAAGCUGUUUCGCGAUCUCAAGUGUACAGAGGUCAGCAAAUUCGCAAAUGUGGGCAAUGCCAUGUGUUUCCAUGGGCAAAUCUAAGUUGAAAACUCUCUUGUUUGAAAUUUGACCAUGCUGGGUUUCUUGGCAAAUGAUGAAGUCAGAUGACAUGCCAGUGCUGUGACACACUUUUUUCAUACAAAAAAAAUAUUUAAAUGACACUUGGUUAAAAUUACAAAUUUAUUAUAUUGUUAUGCAAGGUUUGUUUAAGAUAAAAAAUUACUUAUGUUUAUAAGGAGUAUUCAAAAUUAUAUCCGUGCUUGAAGAUAUAUUUUCCCACGUUUCUGAUAACCAUGGUGUGCUUUGCAGUGAGGCAUGAAGAUGUCAUCGCUGGGAAAAGUAGAAACAUCUUCAUCACAACAUUGAAGAGCACUGUGAGUGCUCUCAGAGUUCUUUUAAAAUGUUAUAAUGUUGUAUGACAUUCAUUUAUAGAGUCAAUCAAGCAACCACUGUUUUUAAUGUACUCUCCGGUGAGGGGGAAGAUUAAAUGGAAAGGGUUUUCAACAACAGUUUCUGGAUGUUUGGGACCUAAAGAAAGAAACUGAAUACCAAAUCUGGGUUUGAGUUCAUGAACUUCAAGAAGAUGAGGGGGUGGGGGGCUGAGUGUCGUACUAUUGCUCAUUUGAGUCCUUUGCUUUUGAAGCAACCAAUGAGAAAUAUUUGAGUGUGGCAAAGUCUGGUAAACGCAUUGGUAAUCCAACAGGGAUCACACCAUCCAUUACACCAAAUCUAUUUAAUGGGGAUGAAGUAGUUAUGCAUUUCAAAUGUGCAACUGCAUUUGGGCCCAAGUGUGAGCAGAGGCUCUGUUUUUAUACGUACCACACACACUGUCUGAUAAGUUGGUAGUAAGUAAGGGUCCUCAAUGGCAUCUGCACAGCGUCACCACUACACCUGGCCAAUUCACUUUCCUCGAGACAAGUGGAAGAUGGCCAUAUUUUGACAAGAGGAUUCUCAACUUAUUUAUGCCCAGGGAAUCGCUUGGCACUAUCUGUUAUGUGAAUCACGAGACUGGCUAUAUUUUUAGAUCGUGGUUGGAUGUGUUAAUGUUAUUUUUUCCUCAGAUAGUUCUCUCAGAUUAGUUUAAUUAUUUAUUACUUUUGUUUCUGUUUUAUCGCGUAGCUUAGAGCUUCAUUUAUUACUUCUUUAUGGUGAAUCCCAUAAUAAAAAAUUUAGCAGUUAGUAAUAUACAUAAAAUAUUUAUUUAUUUUAUUUAUAAAUUUUUUUAGACUAUCUGAAGGUUACAUUUUAUGCUGAAUUAAUGUGAUGCUUGCUGCGGCCGCAGGUUGUUCGUGAUUGAGAUGUGCUAGCCGGCAGAGUUACGUCUCUCCAAGGUGAUGCAAUGGGGGCAGGGCAGAUGGAAUCGUUUGCCGAGGGAAGCUGUUGGCUGGCUCCUUGCCAGAUCAGUAAUAGCCGCAUCGUCUGCCGUAAACACCUGCUGAAGCUCUCUCCUUUGUUUAGCCACAUUUAAACAGGAUGCCACAGCUUUAAUGCUGCUCCUUUUUUUUUGUUUACACCGGCUAGCUUUGUCGGAGGUUGGCCCUGGCUUCUGUUCCAAACUGUUGUAGUAGCACGUGCUAAAAUAAGCCUUAGGCCGUGCCACGUAAUGGUAUUCUCUGCACUUCAUCAAGAGGCGUUGAUGUGGAAUCAUUUUUAUGUGGUUGUGUUUGUUUUCGUGCUGCCACGAGUGUUUGCUUAUGUCCGAGAGCCAUGCACAUGCACCUAGCUCCAAAUUCAAGACUUUUGCUUUUUUUUUUACAUCUUUUAGUUUUUUCUAUUGCUGUGCACAUAGGAUGAAUUAAAGUCUGCUAUGUGUAAAAACAAGUUUGACCCGCGGGUCAGGAGGCAUAAUUGAAGCUCUGUACGGACAUGGGCCAGAGCCCGGCUGACCGGACCAGGCACCUGUCGUUUGUCGUGGGCCGAGCUUCGGGCAGGCGUGUCCCGAGCCGCCCAGCACACCUCGGUGUUGCAAGUCGUGACUUGAACAGGAUAUCUUUGUUCUAGGUCUGGUUUCUUACUGUUGGAGUUUUUAUUUUAAUUGCUAGUUAUUUUUUUAGGUGUAGGAAAUUUACAUCUUUUGUUCAAGCUUAGGCGUUGUGCUCUUCUUCCACUAUUGUAAUGCAAAAAGCAGCUGAAACUCACAGCUGAAUAUUUCUGCUUUUUACGUUUUGUGAGCUAUAUAAUUUCCACACUGUGACCUUGAUUGGGAUACAGACUCUGAGGCUGAACAGAUUUCCUACUGCCAGUUGAGUGUGUUCAUGGGUGUCAUGGGCAGGGAUGACAAAGUUAUAUAACCCUCCUCUCCUGCCAACAAUGUUUAUUAUCCAAAAUUUAUUUUCUAAACAAUAUUUAGUAAUUUAUUUCCAGUAUGGUGAAUCUCAAAACAAAAAUAAAUUCCUGAUUACAAACAUGGCUGAGUUUAGUCUACAUGAACUAGAUAAAUAAAGGAAUUUAAAAAUUAAUAAUCUGUUGUUUUUUUUAAACAGAAGUUUUGAAGCUUUUUUUAUCAUCACUGUUAGUAAGAAGAUGAUGAUGCUGCCUGUGACAGUGUUAUAAUUAAGUUAGAGGGAAAAUAAACUAUACUUCUUUUUAGAUUUCAUUAGUGCAAUGUCAAUUAUAGGGUGUUCACACCUUACUUUGUUCAUUAAUCUUGUCAUGAUUCCUGUUUGCGUGGAUUUAUGCUAAUUUGUAAUCUUGUUUAUUUAAGCUCUUAUUUUAUCUGAGUCUGUUGUAAUUAUUAAAAAUUUAGUCACACUCAGGUAAUAAUAAUAAUAGAGUAUAUUUAUGCUCUGGCCUGCAGUAAUUUUUAGAUAUUUUGUUUCAUAGUUUUGUGUACACAGACAGUGCAUCAUUAGUUAGAUUUGAUGUUUAUUUAUGUUUCCAGUACUUAGCUAAGCUCUUUAUGCCAUUUUGCUGAAGAAUUUUGUGAACUUUUAAUGUAAUACUUAAGUGAAUGAUAAUGUAAAAAAAUUUCUGGAAAACACUUUUGUGUUUUCUACAUAUAUUUGUUAACUUUCUUUUAUCUUAUAUUAAGAAAGUAGAGUAUUGUUUCAUGAAUAAUAAUAUAUUAUCAAUAUAAAUAUCUUUUUUUUGUGUGUUUGUAUUUUAUGUUACUGGAUGUUAUUAAAUUUAUAACAUUAUUUUAUUUUUUUUAUGAUUAAUUGUUUUUGGUUAGUUGUAGUUCUUUAGAAUAGAAGAACUACAAAGUUAAAAAAAAAAAUUGUUAUACAUUGGGUUAUUUGGUACAUUACAUAUAAAUUCCCAGUUUAUAACUGCAAUUUUUAUUUCCAGGCAAAGUCUCCACUAAUAUGACAUAGUAAUGAAAACUCUACCAGUAAAAAUAUUGCUGCUAUAAUUUUUCUUCAGAGUAAUAAGUAGAUAUUCCAGCCCAGACCUGUAUAUUUAAGUGUUAUGCAAUUCUUUUAUAAUCAUUUUGUUUGUAAAAUAUUGAAAAUAUUGCUCAAAAAUUUAAAUUAAUUAAAUUUUAAUUUUUGCAAUUCACCAUGUACCUCUGCCAUAUUUUCCUUGUGCUUAAAUGAUUGAAAAAUAUAAUUUCAGGAUAAUAAAUUCUACUGUUCAGAAAUACAAACCAGGCUAGGAAUCAUUACAUAAUUUUUUCUGUUGGUUAUCUACAUUUAAAUUUUGCACCAAAAUUCAUAAUUUAAUUUCAUCACUAUCCAAUAUUAUUCAUGUAUAUUUAUUGCCAGUACUAAAUUGUUGUUUUUUUUUUUUGCAAAGAUUUUUUUUAUUUAGUGUCAUCAUUCUUUGAUAUGCUGCAAAUGUUUUUUUUUUUAAGUUAUUUGCAAGCAAGAUAUUCAUGUAUCUGUGAGAUCAAUUACAUUUCAUUCUAGAAGUAUUGCUAAUUUUGAUACCUUAUUACAAAUAGCUAAAGAAAGGAGGUAAGAAUGUUUAAUCUUUGAAAAGGAUAGAUAGAAAGCAAUUUGUAAAAUAAAGUUUGUUUCAUUUUGUAAUGUACCAAAUACCAUAAAAAUUUUAAUUGUUGGAUGUUUUUUUUGUAUUCAGAACAACACUUCUAUGAAUAACAUAGUUCUGAAUCUUAUUGAUGUUUUUUUCAUGGUCCUUUAUUCAAACAUGUAUUGGUUGUUCACUGCUUAGUCUAAUGACAUAAAAUGCACAUAUGCACAUCUUAACUUUUCAUUGAAUCAAUUUGUCAAUUUUUGCUCAGUGGUGAUAUUCAUCUUAAACAACGAUGCAAAUACCUUUCAGCAUAAAUUUGUAUAUGAAAAUAUAUGUCCAUGAAGAUGCAAUUAUGUUUGUAGAAGAAAUAGAUUAUGAUGUAUGUACUUAUUUAACCAUGGUAGCUAUAUAAAAAAAAUAUUUGAAUUGAAAAUUCAGAAAAAGUUGCUGUGAGUAAUGGAUGCUACAGUUCUAUAAUUUGGUAUGUUUUUUUUGGAAUUUUAGGUAAAGUUUUGACUAAAUAUUGGAUUAGCUGGUAACUAAACUUUUUAUACUGUGCGUUGUGAACGACACCUCUAAGGCACUCGUGGUGGUACAGAAGCAGGGACCAAUAACAUUUAUAAUCUUUGUACAGUUUGCAUGAAGAUAGCGUCCAAAUGAAAGAUUAAAAUAAUAAGGUAUUUAGCUAAACAGCAGAGAGAGAAAGAGUUAAACAAUUGUACAAGUACACUGCUUUGUAUUGUAACACAUGAAUAUAAAGUUAAAUCUAGUCUACAUUAAAUAUGUGCCUCCACGAAUGUACACUAUGCAACUAAUGUACCUUAAUUUUCAGUGUUAAUUAAGUUAUUGAUUUCUUGGUAAACUUGUUAUGUAUUAGUGUAGUUUGUGAUGCCAUUGGUGCCAUGUACACACACAUUGAGCCGGUCGUUAUUCUCAGUGGAGACACUCUCAGUCAUAGCUGGUUCUUGUAGCCACGGCUGUGGAUCUGGAUGCGAAGCCAUAAUUUUCUGAAUGAUUGCAGAACAUACAAGAAGAAUUUAUUCUGCAAGUCAUUCAUUAGAUAAAAGUCUUGCGAAAAUAUUUUUAUACACAUUGCAAGAAAGCAAGGAGGACUUACUGCAGAACGUCUAAAUGGAACAAAUUUUUUUUCUCUCCGUGGAUUCACAUAGAGCUGUGGCUGAGAGAGUUGGACUUGUGCCAUUGUCAGUCGUAUGUCGAGAGUUGAUAAUGCUCGUGGUUAUUUUGAAAUAUACAUGCAAACUUCCUGCCAAAAUAAUGGUGUCUAUAUUCGGAAUUGAAAGAAAAUCAUUGUUAACGACAUCUGUGCCACACAAUUGGACCGCAUGUCUUUAUGUCUUGCAGAGAGUUUGGUUCUCAGUUCACAUUCAGUAUUUUAUAGAAGCUGUUGGUGGGGAAAGAAAACAAGCAAUGGAUUUACUUUGUGACGCAAUUGUAAUGACUUAGUAAGUGUCAUUUUAUACCACGGGUUGUGAUGUGCUCUGGUUGAUUGUCUGCAGCAAAUUCACUAAAACAGAGGAAUGAAUCAAACAAAGCCUAGUUUAGAAUAAAAUUUAUAAUAUAAGCAGCUUCUUAUAAAUAAAUCUCAUUACAUUUUUUCAAAUAUGUAUGUUUUAAGCUUAUUGAACCCACACAUUUUAGUCUUUAGUUAUUAGUAGAGUGAUGAUAAAACUCUCUCCAGAGUUUUUUUUUAGAAACCAGCAUUUAUAUAUAUAUAUAUAUAUUGUAUAUUUUAUUCAUAAAUCUAAGUAUUUUUUCUUAGAAAAAUAACAUGCCAUGUUAGUUUUCGGACCUUUGUAUUUACGGGAUAUUUCUGCAAUUUAAAGUGCAAUAGAACACACAAAAAUUUUUAAGUUAACUCUGCUUUUAAAAUGAAUGAGUCUGACAUUAACAUUGCUCUCCAAACCAUAAUAAUAUGUAAUUUGUUAAUUCAGUAUUCAUGUGGUUAAGGCUUAUUAUUUUAAUUUAAACUCUAUGCUUUGCGUAUUUUAAUACAACACUUCUUGUUAGAACAUACUGUUAUCAUCUGUAACCCGGGACUGUAAACCAUUCCACAGGCUCUACCGUGCAAUAAUGAGCACUUUAAUUGCUAAAGCAAAAGUUCAUUCUGUUUAUUUUUGUAUCUGUAAAAUAUUUUUCAAACAAUUGUGUCCAUUAGUGCCAUGUUCAUGUAAUUAGGUGCGGAUGACACACGUUUCAGGUUGUCUAGGAACCAAACUGCUGAGUUAAAUAUUGGUCUUUAUAGAAAUUGAAUGAUUUUUAUAUGUAGUUAUUUAUAAAUAUUUUUGGUUUUCAGUAAAAGCCUCAUAUGUUUGCCAGACUUAAUGUUUUCACACAGAUCAUACAUGAAAUAUGUUUGAAAUUAUUUCAUGUGUGCCUUGUUUACAUAUUACAUAUAGUAUAUACUCUCUAGACUAGCAAUGAUAGUUUGUGUGGCACAGAUGGGAAACUUAUAACCAUUUUUGUACAACCUACAUAUGUAAUUAUAUAUAGCUCGAUGUAAUUGAAAAAUAUUUAUACUCUUUAGGUAAAAAACUUGACAUAAGAUAUAAAAAUGAAAGAAAACUGUAUUUUUAUGCUCCAAAAUUCUGUAUGUUGUGCACUGGUGAAUUUUUUAAUUGUUGCAAAUUUAUAAGUAAAAAUAUGCGGAAUAAAUAUAUAAUAUACCUUAGUCCAAUUCAGUUUAUCUGUUGCAAUUUAAAACAAUUUUUUUUGUUGAUUAGCAUUGCAUUCGUGUAGUCAUUUAUUGAAAUAAGUGUUCUGAGAUUUAAUUGUUAAUAACUCAUAUGUUUUUAUUAACAAUUGUAAUUUAAGUAUUGCUGUCAACUUAUUGGCUGUUCCGUGGUUUCCACAAUUUGAAAAUCAGAUUAUUUGAUGUUUUGCACUCAAAUUUUCUUUGAAAAUGCAGGGCAUUGUCAAAAAUUUGUGAAAGUUGUAAUAUUUAAAUAAAUGUGUAUUAAUUUGAAAUUUUGUUGUCACUGUUUUUUUGUUUUCCUUUCUUAAUGGAAAGUUUACGUAUAAAUUGUUGUCUAGGAGGAAAUAGGCUGUGGGUUUUCAGUUCUUUUGGAAAUAAAAAUAAUGUUUAAGGAAUGAAUGAAGUAAACAAACUGCGGAAGGAGCACAGGUACUGACAUUGGUGUGUACACACAAUUUUGAAAGGGCAUUUGGUUGAAGCACAACUAACUUAGGUAUGAGUGGUCUUGGUUUUAUUCAUGGGUAAGGCAUAGAAUGGCUGAGGCAUUUGUAUCUGUUUGAUGAAAUUUAGUUUGUAAGCCACCCUCUGAUUAGCCUAAAAAAAAAAAAAAAAACAGCAGGUAUAUUAACAAGCUAACAAAAAAUUGUGUUUUCACUUCAGUGUAUUUUCUAACUCAUGGUACUUUACUAUUCUGAUCCCUAGAUGUCUCUAAACAACACACAAACAGUAAACAACACACAGUGAGGUGUUAUUUCUAGCUUGUGGCACUUAACAUUACUAGCCUAAUCUCUUGAUGUCUUUUAAAACACAAACAAACUUGGGAUUCACUAAUGGCCAGUUGCACCAUUUGGCUCUUCGCCCAAGAAUGAUCAAACACAUUCUGGGAAUACAUGAUGUUUGAAAACGUACGAACAUUGGUUCCUGCCAGCAGUCUGUGGCAACAGGCGGCAGCCAUGUCGAAGGAAUGUUAGGUACAUUUUUAUUGGAGGGCUGUGACUAUGCAGUCACUACAAUCAAUUGUGCCAUGGCAAGUAACUGUGAUGAUGUAGUCACAAGAUAGUAGUUCAAAGCAGUGGCCACUUGAUUUUUAGAUAUUACUGAAAAACACAUAUCAGUAUUUAAAGCUGUUGCAAAAGGAGUCUGAAUUAUGAAUAGGUUAUGCUAUGAAAAGGUAUUUUUACAAGUGGGAAAAUUGGUUAAGAAAUAAUAGCCCAAUUAAUUAAAUGCAGUUUUAUUUAUUAACUACUGUUAACACUACAGGAUCACCAUAAAAUGUCCUAGAUUCAGUUGUAGAUUAUAAAAUUUUAAUUUAGACUAUUUAUAACAAACCAUACAUCAAAUUGAAAGUAAACCUAGUUUUUUUUUACACAAAGAUUAAUAUGUGUACCUUUAGUUAUACGGCACACAUCCAACCAAAAGUUCAAUUCUUCCCACACUUUGGUUAACGUGUCUGAAGUAAUGGAAGCAACAGUCUCUUCAAUUCUGUUUCUCAACUGUAGAAAAUCAUGAGGUAGCGUCGGAACGUAGACACAAUCUUUUAUAAAGCCCUAAGGAAAAAAUUGCAUGGCGUUAUGUCAGGUGAACAUGGAAGCCAGCGAAUAAGAGCUCUGUCGUCACGACGAUUACGACCAUUCCAACGGUCAGGGACUUUGACGUUCAACCACUCUCAUACAAAGAGAUUACAAUUGGGAAUGCACAUUGAACGGAGAUAACAGAUUCACUCUGAGCAAAUUGCAGAACAUAAAAAACUUUACGCUCAGGAGUCGCUAUUUUGCAUUGGCUGUGCUGCAAGCGAGAAAAAACAAAGCAGUAAUCGUACACGCACUUAUCUAAAACUGUUUGAGUUACUAUUUGUGACCUUGAACCAACACACUACAGUUCUUACAGUUGAUACUGUUAAAAUCUAUUACUGAGACAUUCUUUUAAGGACAUACAGUAUUAGUUAAAUUGCAACACUUAAACUGUCUGUCCACAAAUUAUUCACUAUUUCAUUUAGUUCACAGUUUACUCUACCCACUGGAGAUUGGCUUGACAGUGGCCCUCCCUACUGCUUGUCUCUUACCGCACAGCUCUGUCUCAACACACUGCCUCACACUAUUCACUCGUCCAUCACAAACAACACAGUCCCGAUGCACUGGUCUCCAAAAAAGAAGCCCGUUGCUUGUCAUCUGCUUCCACUCACUUCACUGCUUCAGAGGCCGGCAUCGCCGUUGUUAUACCCUUCAGUCCCCUUCUGGAAUGGUCUCGCACCCCUUCGAAGUGUGUCAUCAGGGUCGACUUGAUACAAAAGCUCCCAGAACAGUGGCGUCACAGUUACUCCACUAUACGCAGGCAGGGUUCUGGGAACGUACCGAACCCUACAGAGGUGCUGAGAGGAAAGGCGUAGCAGGGGGGUGGGGUAGCAAGGUGCCGUUUAUAAUCUGAUUUGGCUCGCAGCAGUAAUUGACCUCGU